GCGUGUAUUUGACAGAAUUUGAUAAACAGCUCUACACGUAGAACAAGUUUUAAAGUCAUUACAAAAAGAUUCUUAAAGGAUUUCAACAUCAAUCUAGUUAAAAGUUUAACAAAAUGAAAUUAAAAAUUGUCAUUUUAACCUUUGCGGUAUUUUUAGAAGCAGUAACUGCUAAGAUAGACCCUCAAAACUUAAGGUGUUUAGUGUGCCGUACCACGUUUCAAGAAUUAAAUCAUGUUAUCAAAAACGUUGAAAGGUGGAAAAAAGUGGAUGUUGGUAACUUCAGAAUGGAUGCCAGCGGUAACACUAUGCAGCAGAAGGUACCAGCUCAUAGAUCAGCUGUCUAUAUCUCCGAAGUCAUUGAUGGCAUUUGCAAGAAAAUGGAUGAUUAUGUACGAGUGUACUACAAGGCGACGGGUAAGCUGGCUAUCAUGCAGUUGAUGACCGAGGGUGGCAUGAACCCGGACUUCAGCAAGGCCAAGUUUGUCACCGACGAUGAUCUGAACAAGAGUUUAGAAUAUUAUUGCGAGCGGAUGUUCGAAGACAAUGAGGAGGAAAUCACCGACUUGUAUAAGAAUCGGCCGGAGGAUGACGUCAUGCCUGACGCGGAGAGGGAGAUAUGUUUCGACCACGCGAAGUAUUGCGAGGAGUGGAUGCUGCCGACUGAGGAGGAUACGACAUGGACGCCGGAAAUGGAAGCUGAGUAUGUCAAGGUCCACGGCCCGGAUCCUUAUGGUUUCGGAGGCCCGGCAGGUCUGCCGCAGCAGACCUUCGCCGGAGACGUCUCGGACGAAGGCUAUGAUGACACUGAUGGCGAAGAUACAGAGCCUUCAGAGGUCAAGGACGAACUCUGAAACAUACAGCCAUUUAUUUUUAAUAUAUAAGACCUUUGAAAUUCACAUCCAUACAUCAUUACGUUAUAAUUAGUGUUAGAUACAAAUUAAACAUAAAAUAAUAUAAAAAUAUAUUAUAUUCUCUCUCGUUCUGAUCUAUACAAUUGUUGUGGUUUCAUAGAAAUCUGCUCAAUGGUUUAUAGUUGUGACGUGACAAAUAUGCAUGCAUACUUUAUUUUUUUAUUGUCAAUAGUAUUAGUGUUGUUUUUGACUAAUUUAAUGAAGGUCUCUAGACCGUAUCUUCCAAAUGUAUCUUGUACGUUGAUGAAAUAAUUUAUAUACCAAAUAUAUUGUAUUUAAAAUGUGCCUUCAGGUUAAUGACAAUAAAUAAAUUAAAGGAAAAAAUAUAUAUUAUAAUUUAACAUACAUACAUAUAUAUAUAUAUAUAUAUAUAUAUGUAUAUAUAUAUGUUCGUGGUCUAUACAGAUUUUUCUAGGAACAUAGUGAAAAUAUUUUUUUACUCCAACUAAGAAAAGUUUCACUUUUAAGUGUUUAGUCUCUACAAGGAAUUCUAAAAAAAUCUUUAUUUCAAUGAAUAUCCUACACAACUGAAGUACAUCUAUUCAACUAUAGAUGUCACUUACAUAAAAAAAGCAGAAUUAACAAAAUUGUAUGAUUUAAAAAACUAUACAAUAAGAUCUUUUUUUUAUUAUCUUCUCUACAUACAAGUUACUCGCCUGGCUGUGCUUAUGAAUUUUUAACUUGUAUCAAAUGCACUCAAAUGUGACAAAGCAUUAACAGACCAGGACAGACAUGCGAAAAUUAUGUGUAUAUUGAAAUCAAUAUGUUAAAGAUUGUAUGUUGUUUGUCAGUUUUGUUGAGGAGCUACAUGCCAGUGAUGUGUUGUGAUUAAAAAUAUAGUAUUGAAUGUUUU